AUGGAGUCUAGAUUACCAAACAACCAAAGAGUGCGGCUGCACGAUAUGAGCCCAAAAUGUGAGUGGGAGAAACCUCCCUACUCGUACGUUGCUCUCAUCGCCAUGGCCAUCAGUAACAGCUCGACCAAGAGGGCAACUCUGAGCGCCAUAUACGACUACAUCACCUCCAGGUUCCCCUUCUAUCGCAAAAACCAGAAGGGUUGGCAAAACAGCAUCAGACACAAUUUGUCCCUGAAUGAGUGUUUUGUCAAGGUGCCCCGGGAAACCGGGUGGGUGAAGAAGAAGGGCAACUACUGGAUGCUGGACCCCUCCUUCGAGGGCAUGUUUGAGCAGGGCAAUUACCGGCGUCGUCGCAUGGUGAAGAAAGUUCAACCGGACCCGGUAUACAUGCCGCCGCCCUACGUGGACACCUCCUCUGGAGUGUGCAUGCCUAGAUCGUUGUUGCACCGCACAGGGGACAGCCGCAACGUCUCUCCGGUGAGCUCCUACUUCCCACCGCCGCCAGCCCAUCACUUCCACCCGUUCCUCUCCUAUGGCGUCUAUCACCAGCCGCCGGUGUUGUUGGUGCCGGACAUUGAUACUGCGACUCAGCCAGUGAGCCCAGACGGGGGCACGGUGCCUGUGGGGUGCGGCUGCCAUCACAUAGACGCCAAAUGAGGGCAAGUUGAGCCGCAGUGAUGGUUAUUUCACGCUCUCGCUUGUUAAAGUUAUUGGUGGCUGCAGAGUUUGUUUAAUAUUGCUAAUAUUGCAGGUACUUUACAAAUGACAUUAUGCUUUGACAGCCAGAUUAAACGAUGCUCAUAUAACUCAUGUUGAUUUUGGAAUGUUUAUGUUAUUUGGCGCCUAUGCAGCAGCUUGAUGCACUUCCAGCUUUUUUAUUUGUAGGUUUGAUUGAUGUAAAAUUCAUGUUUGUUAAAUAAACAAA